AUGGACACAGUUCCCGCGCCCCCGGGACUCUCGGCAGCCGGCCUCCGGGCCGCGCCCACCACCCCGGCCCGAAGCCCCUACUCGUCUCGUCUGCGGCCGCGUCUUCUCUGCGGCCCCAGCUCGCCCGUCCCUGAGGAACAAGGUCUUUCCGCCCGGGCGCUCUGGGCGCGCCAGCCCCGCACAGGGUCGGGACAGGAGGGUGCGGGGGCGCAACAGCGGGGACCAGUCUCGUGGCGCGGGGGCUGCGGCCACAGACGGCCGAGGAGGAGGAGAUUCGUGCUGCGCCCUGGACGCGGGCCCCGCGCCAAGCGGGCGGCCGUCAGGAGGCCCGAGGCCCCGAAGGACGCGCGCCCGGACCUCGCGGGUGACAGUAACGGCCGCUGCUUUCCACUGAAACGCGCCGGGGCGGGGCCCGCGCCACUCGCCUCCUCUCUGGGCUGCGCGAUCGGCUCCCCCGCCGAGAGCCCCGCGCGACGCCUCAGGGGCCCUGGUGGAGCGGCGGCGCCCCUGCUCUUUGGGGGGUCUCCCUCCAAACGGGGCUCAGCGCCGCGCGGCUGGAGGCGGGGGCCGUGCCGUCUGCAGGGGCCUCUCCGGGACCCGACGGCGGGGCCCCUCGGGCCGGGGCGGCGCCCAGGGAGCUGUGCUCACCCGGUGGUGCAGGCAGCGCCCCGCGCCGUCGGAGCGCGCGAGGUCGCUGCUCCAGGCCCUGGCGCCUGCCGGCCCCUCCGCUCCUGCCUGCUCCUGCGCGUCCUGCGGGGACCUGGGGGUCGGCCGGACAGAAGGCCGAGGAAUGCUCGCCUGUGCCUGGAGGGCGAGGGCGGCGGCCGGGGUGCCGGCCACGCCAGAGGAGUGUUGGCAGGAAGGCCGCUUCCGCGCCGCCGUCGGGGCGCCGGGUCGGUGCCGCCCUGUGGCGGGGGGGGGGGGGGGGCCUCUUCUGGCCCCGGCCUCGACCUGGGCGAGGGGCUGGUGCCCGCGCGGCCGUUUCUGGGGCCCGCCGGAGUCCAAACAGCCGGACAAACGCCGGCCGCAAAAGGAACUCGGAAGGGCGGGAACGCGCCGAGACCUGCGGGCAGCGCGCGUCGGGCGCCGGCUGAGAGGCGCGUCCCCCCAGGCUCCGCCGAGCCGCGGGGCUGCGGGCGCGCAGCUCGGACCCGGGCUCCCAGCGCGCGACAGCCGCCACCCCGCGGGGCCGGGAGCCAGUGCCGCCGGCGCCCGGUCCGCUCAGCGACGCCCAGGUCGCCCGACGGGCUCCGCACCCGCCUGGAGGCCGCGCCGCCGAGGCCGCCCAGGGGCGCGCGAGGGCGGCUGAACGGCCCGGGUCUCCCCUGUCGCUCUUCCCUUUCGCUGCGGCCGCGCCCCACCUUCCGCGCCGCGGGCGCUCGGCUGCUGCGGCUCCGCGACCGCGAGAGACCGGGGCGGGGCGGGGACGGGCUGGGGUUCGGGGGUGUGGAGGGGCAAGAGCAAAGUCCAGGGGGGCAGGAAGCGGCGGCGUCUGCUCCAGGCCGGGAGCCCCGGAGGCCCGCGCAGAGGCUCCUGCCGCAGACGGCGCGCCCGGGCUGUCGCCACGCGGGGCUGGAGAGCCGCGGCCGUCCGACCACGGGAGGGCGAGGCCCCGGCCCGCGCCGGCCCAGCGGGCAGCCCGGGCGCCGGGCGCGGGCCAGGAGGCGCCGAGCGCGCGGGCUGCCGGCGCGGGCCGCGUGGCGCGCCGUGAUCGGAACUCCUUUUACCCCGAGCGCCCGCGGCCCCCGCGCCGCACUCCAGGCCGCAGAGGCGCCCCGGGGCCCAGCGGAGGCCGAGGCAUCCCGCCGGCGGCGGCGUCUGUGCCUCCCGCGAACUCGGGGCAGCUCCGGAGACGCCACGGGUUUUUUAAACCCUGGCCCGGCCCAAGGGGCUCCUCUGUUUCCUCGAGGCCGACCAGAGCCCCUGCCCUCCCCGAGCGCCGCCGUCCAAGUCCCGGCUCCUGCUGGCGGGGAAGGUUCAGAAACGAGGUGCUCUGGCGCACCCCGGGCCACAGGCACCCGGACUAACUCGCCGCCGCCGCCUGGUCUUCAGGACGCGGCGAGGAAGCGCGCGCAGCGGGUGAGCCGGUCUCCAGGCCCGCAGGGGACGCGGAGGCCCCCGCCGGGGCGCUGCUCCCUGAUGCGGGAGGACUGGCGCCCGCCCCUCGGGGACAGAGGCCGAAGGGAGCGCGGCCUUGGGGUCCGCCGCCCGCGCGAGGCAGCUCCGCGGGCCCCGGGCCUCGUCCCCAGCCAGCUGCUGCCCGCGCCGUCCAGCGGCCCGACGCGCCCACGCCACGGGCAAAAGCGGGGCGAGGCGCGAAGAGCCUGGCGGGAGCAAAAAGGGGCGCGCCCUGCAUUGGCCGGGAAUCGAACCCGGGUCUCCCGCGUGGGAGGCGAGAAUUCUGCCACUGAACCACCAAUGCCUGCCGACGGCGCUCUUGGGAGGGCGUUGGGAAGGAACCCCGGGUUGACGCCGCGGCGGGUCCAGGGCGUUCACCAGGGGGCUGCAGAGCUUUCCCCGGCUCUCCGCAGAGACCGCGGUGGAGACCUUUCCAGUCUUUGGCGUUGA